AACACAGAGCCCACCUCUUCCUGUCGGUGUCAGCAGGGCAACUUCACCAUAUUUAGUUGGCUCGCAGGAGCCUCGCAAAGAGUUGAUCUGUCAACCAGACAAAUCCUGGCAAUUAUUGGGGGACACGGUCCAGUGCUGACAGUUUUAUUUUGGCACCAGGAUACAAACUACAGAAGACGGCGACACUGAGAUACGGUGCUUGGGAAACGGGGCUGUGUCAGCGACUGUUUUUAAGGCGAUAAAAGUAGCCGUCAUCUGUCAGAAUUCCAACUAUCCAACAGGCGAGGUAGCAAACUAGCUAAUUACUGUAGCUACCCAGACAUUUACUGCGCCGUAGAAACGAAUGUAUGCUGCUUCCGUGGCUACUCAACCAACAGAGAGAAUUAUUUGGACUCAAUGAUCCCGCUGUGAUGAUAUCCUGACAGCUCCUAGAGACCGUUCAAGCCACUUUCCUUAGCCUAGCUAGCGAGCUAACUUGGCUAACUAGCAGGUUUUCGCUGCCACAGCGUCGCGUUGAGCAUCCAGUAACGUUAAGUUAGUUUUCGCCGUGGUAGUGGCAUCCGAUUGGAUACGUUGACGGUGUACGAACGGCGCUGUGCGGUGACGCCGAAGACACCGGGCCGGGGAAACGACUACACCGAAGAACCCCUUUUGACAGCCUGCUAGCAGACACCAAGACACUCGGCCACUCAGUGCUGCACAGGCGGUGGACUGGUGAAGGAGACACCGAGUUUAGCGAAGAAAGAGUCCCUACCGUUUGACAACUGUGAUCCGGGAAGUGAACCGGGCAGGGACCUCAUGAAUGGAAAUCGGAACUACAGGAGCCGUUGGGGCCCAGUCCCUGUUCUCCAUGCCUCGGAGGCCUGGCUAUGGCACCAUGGGGAAGCCCAUCAAGCUGCUGGCCAACUGCUUCCAGGUGGAGAUCCCCAAGAUGGAUGUCUACCUGUACGAGGUGGACAUCAAGCCUGACAAGUGCCCACGGCGAGUCAACAGGGAGGUGGUUGACUCUAUGGUGCAGCACUUCAAGGUGACAAUCUUUGGGGAUCGCAGGCCGGUCUAUGAUGGAAAGAGGAGCCUAUACACAGCCAACCCACUGCCUGUGGCACCUACCGGGGUGGACCUGGAUGUCACUCUACCAGGUGAGGGAGGGAAAGAUCGUCCCUUCAAAGUUUCCAUCAAGUUUGUUUCUCUGGUCAGCUGGCACAUGCUUCAUGAGGUACUGACCGGCCGCAGCAUGCCAGAGCCCCUGGAGCUGGACAAGCCCAUCAGCACCAACCCUGUACAUGCAGUGGACGUGGUGCUGCGACACCUGCCCUCCAUGAAGUACACUCCAGUGGGUCGAUCAUUCUUCUCAGCUCCAGAGGGCUAUGACCAUCCCCUAGGAGGAGGAAGGGAGGUUUGGUUUGGCUUCCAUCAAUCUGUGCGACCUGCUAUGUGGAAGAUGAUGCUCAACAUCGAUGUGUCUGCCACCGCCUUCUACAAGGCCCAGCCAGUCAUCCAGUUCAUGUGUGAAGUGCUGGACAUCCACAACAUAGAUGAGCAGCCCCGCGCUCUUACCGACUCGCACCGGGUCAAAUUCACCAAAGAAAUCAAAGGCUUGAAGGUGGAGGUGACGCACUGUGGAACCAUGCGGAGGAAGUACCGUGUCUGCAAUGUGACCCGUCGGCCUGCCAGCCAUCAAACGUUCCCUCUACAAUUGGAAAACGGUCAGACUGUAGAGCGUACUGUAGCCCAGUACUUCAGGGAGAAGUACAACCUGCAGCUUAAGUACCCACAUUUGCCCUGUUUACAGGUGGGCCAGGAGCAAAAGCACACCUACCUUCCCCUGGAGGUGUGUAAUAUUGUAGCUGGUCAACGGUGCAUCAAGAAGCUGACGGAUAAUCAGACCUCCACUAUGAUCAAAGCCACAGCUCGAUCUGCACCCGACAGACAGGAGGAGAUCAGCAGGCUGGUGCGCAGUGCCAACUAUGAGGCAGAUCCUUUUGUGCAAGAAUUCCAGUUCAAGGUGCGCGACGAGAUGGCCCACGUGACGGGGCGAGUGCUACCCGCCCCCAUGCUGCAGUACGGCGGCAGGAACCGCACUGUAGCCACACCCAGCCACGGGGUGUGGGACAUGAGGGGGAAGCAGUUCCACACCGGGGUGGAGAUCAAGAUGUGGGCCAUCGCUUGCUUUGCCACACAGAGGCAGUGUCGGGAAGAAAUCCUCAAGGGUUUCACAGACCAGCUACGUAAAAUCUCUAAGGAUGCUGGGAUGCCAAUUCAGGGCCAGCCAUGUUUUUGUAAAUACGCACAGGGAGCAGACAGUGUGGAGCCCAUGUUCAGGCACCUGAAGAACACCUAUGCCGGAUUACAGCUUAUCAUCGUCAUCCUGCCGGGAAAAACCCCCGUCUAUGCGGAGGUGAAGCGUGUGGGAGACACCCUCUUGGGCAUGGCCACCCAGUGUGUUCAGGUGAAGAACGUGGUGAAGACGUCACCUCAGACCCUCUCCAACCUCUGCCUCAAGAUCAAUGUGAAGCUGGGAGGCAUCAACAAUAUCCUGGUGCCUCACCAACGGCCAUCAGUGUUUCAGCAGCCAGUUAUCUUCUUGGGAGCAGAUGUUACACAUCCACCUGCUGGAGAUGGGAAGAAGCCUUCAAUUGCAGCAGUGGUAGGCAGUAUGGAUGCCCAUCCCAGCAGGUACUGUGCCACUGUGCGGGUCCAGAGGCCCAGACAGGAGGUAAUCCAAGACCUGGCCUCCAUGGUGAGGGAAUUGCUCAUCCAGUUCUACAAGUCUACCCGCUACAAGCCCACCAGGAUCAUUUUCUACAGGGAUGGAGUUUCAGAAGGCCAGUUCAGACAGGUGCUGUAUUAUGAGCUGCUGGCCAUCCGUGAGGCCUGUAUCAGCCUGGAGAAGGAGUACCAGCCAGGCAUCACCUACAUUGUUGUGCAAAAACGCCACCACACACGCCUCUUCUGUGCCGACCGCAAUGAAAGAUCCCUACGAGUUUGAUUUUUACCUCUGCAGUCACGCUGGAAUACAGGGCACCAGUCGGCCCUCCCACUACCAUGUACUGUGGGAUGACAAUUGUUUUACCGCGGACGAGUUCCAGCUGCUCACCUACCAAUUGUGCCACACCUACGUGCGCUGUACCCGCUCAGUCUCCAUCCCUGCGCCAGCCUACUACGCCCACCUGGUGGCCUUCCGUGCCCGCUACCAUCUGGUGGACAAAGAACAUGACAGCGCUGAGGGCAGCCAUGUGUCUGGUCAGAGUAAUGGUCGGGACCCCCAGGCACUGGCCAAAGCUGUUCAGAUUCACCAUGACACCCUGAGGACCAUGUACUUCGCUUGAGCUACACCAACCAUUUCCACCUUAACAUACACACACAAACCCAGACAUGACCAUACAUGCCAGGCUUGCCAGUCAGUCCUCAAAAGGGCAGGUCUUGCCUGUCCCACACGCCUACUCAAUCUGGACCUGACACUGUGCAGAGGAAAGCAGGGAGGAGGGAGGGGAGGAGGCACCCCCACACUGGACUGAGGAUGCAAAUGCUGCUUUAAAAAAAAAAAACGAGAGAAACUCAGCACUAUUAUGCAAUAUGAAACCAGCCAACUAGUUUAUUUUCAUCCUUGUCAGGUCCCCGGUUCAUUGCCCCUCCAUUUUUUUUCUUUCCCUGUUUGUCUCCUUUACUUUUGGCCCUUAGGUGUUGUUCUUGUUUGUUUUUAACUUUUAUUUUCCACUAAUCUGCUCCUUUGCCAUCUACAGUACCUCAAGUCAGUUUGAGCAGCAGCACUUUUACAUUCUGUCAGUUUUUCUGUCAUUUGUUUUUGAUUCUCCCCAGUAUAUGAAUGAAGGAGCAGAAAAGGAAGGGCCAGACUCUGGAGUGGUGUCUGAUUUCAUUCGGAACAUAGUUAUUUCUUUGGUCCUCCCAGUUGUCACUUUUUUAUUUUUCCUUUUAACUUUUUCCUCUGUCCUGUCACUUUUUUGUAGUGUGUGUGUGAAUCACCAGUUGUAUGAAGCAUCUUGUUCUUUUGAGCACACUGCCACUUGUUGGCGGCGAGGUAAAAAUGCCCCCUUAUAGUCAGAAGGACUUAUCCUGUUAAGGUCUUUGAUCAGUUUUGAUUUAUCUUUAGCAGUCAGCUGUCACAUUUAAACAGGAGAGGAAUAUAGUGGCUGAUAUAUCAAGUGCAGCCAUCUAUGAAUUUAGUUUGAAGUAUAACACUGUUAUUUGACUCGCUGUUAUUUUUCUUCUACAUUAUGUGAAGCAUUUUAUGAUCCUAACUUUUUAAAAGUCAUUUUAUCAUGUAAGCUUAUGUUUUUACUCUUAGUAGUCGUCAUACUUGCAUUUCCCUCAGUGCUUUAUCUCACAUUGCUCUCGUGACGUGGUGGUUAAAUAGAGAUCAUGUCGAUAGUUUCCUCUAGUGCAAUAAUCAGUUGAACGAAGGGAAGAGGAUUUUAGGGGACUUAAGCAACUAUAAAGAACAGUUACACAUUUCAUUUAAAAGUGAGUUUUGUUGAAAGGAGUAAAGUUUGCCACUUGCAAGGCACUUUCAUGUAUUCCUCCUCUGUGAGAUGAUUGAAAAGCAUGUUGCCAUUGGGCAAAAAUGGUGCAAUUGCAGUUUUUGGUGAUUUUUCAUGUUUUUACUUGAAGGAUUUUAUGCACCUCUGUGGUUUGAGAAUACUUUAUCAUCAAUCGACAUUUUAGAUUUUUGUGAUCAAGAGUUUGCUAACGAGGCUGAUAUUCUUGAUUCCUAAGAAUGACCCGUUUUGUUGAGCAAAGCUUUUCACCUGACAGCAGCAAAGUAGAGUCUAAAGGCCAUAAAGAGGUAGUAUCCAAGUGCCUGGUGGAGGUUUAAACAUUUGGAGGUUAAAAGCUGUAUAACUUAAUCUAGGGAUCCUGUUUCACUGAGGAAGGAAAUCAAAAUACUUACUCCAACAGACAGACAGCAUAAGAUGGUUUGAAGCAAGAAAGUUUCACCCGAUGCCUCUUCUCAACAACCAUCUACUGACUUUUCUAUACAUCUCAUUCAGAUCAUCGUAAGAUCAAUAUAUUUAUUGUGUUUGCCUAUACUGCAGUGUUAGCUGUUGGCUUUGCUUUGGAGCGUCAUUCAGGCAAAGCAGGCAGAGUUGUCUUUUUGCUUAAUAUUCACCAGACAUGGAUCCAGCUGCUACAGUGUAUUUUUGUACCUAGUGGGUCAGCUUCAUGGGCAUGGACUGUUUCUUUCAGUAGAUAUCUAAGUCCAGGGCUAGGGUUAAUUCCUGUCCAUGUAACCGGUCCAAAGCUGGCACUGCCUUCAGAACAAGGAGCCAAGUGGGUGACCAACAUUUGCAGCAGAGGUACAGCUGACUGUCGAUGUGAAAUGUCUGUCUGUAUUACAGUUGCCACUUAGCUCCUCUGUGCCACUGGUGACCUGAAGCUUGUCCGUGGGGUUGUUUUUAAAAGUUAUCUGCACUAAAAGAAGCAUGUGUUUCAGGACUGAACACAGGCGUGGUGCUACUCUGUCUGAAUUUGAAUAUGAAGCUGAACCUCUAUAUGACUCUAUGUGAGUAGGUAGGUAGGGCAGAAAAUGGUAAACCUCACUCACUGAAGGACAGGAGAAGGUUCCACUGCUGGGAUUGAUGCGGGGAGCUCUAGAUUUAGGAUUCCAUUCUGUAGAUAUGGUCAGCAUUGAGAACCAGUAAACGGUACAACGGCAGACGUUCUUUUGGACGGUGAAGUGUAGUGCAAGGCCCUGCAUCUACUGUUGGAUUUAUUUGACUGCCUUUCAUAGGCUAGCUUUCCAGUGUGGAAACCAAUGGCUUUGAGCCUUCAUGAUUUCAGUUGUGUCUGAAAGCCUUUUUAAAAAGCCAGAUUGAAAGUAUAUUUGUACAUUUUAAAUUAUGUAAUGCACACCACUUAUUUUUGCUAACAGAAAAGAAGUAGUCUAAUUAUUAAUCUUAGUAAUAAAUGUAUGAUGAUAAGUAAUGGUUAGAAAGAUAUAACAAAGAUUUAUUAUUGCAAUAGACUGAGUUGUUCCUGUGUCACUGUAUAACAUAGUGUAUGUGUGAACAGUGGUGGGGUUGUUGAAGCUAGUGAUGUGUGUUUGAACUGUCAUACUGUUGUUGAUAGGGAUGUGGACUUAAACCACCUCUUGCUUUGGUGUUUGGGGGGAGGCUGCAAGUUGUUCAAUGCUCUCCUUUCUCUCCUUUUAAAAAAAAAAAAAAAAGAUGUUUGUACAGUUGAUGGAGGGAAACCCCAGAGAAAACAAAGCAGAACUACGCUGACAGACUUUGUAUUAUGGUGUUACAUCACUGUUAAUUCUACCACAAAUGGUAGAAUAAAAGAAGAGUCCAUUGAUAUAUUGAGCUUUUGCUCUUGAAUGUCCUUUUGUUUUCUUCAAGUGGUGCUGACGUCUGCUCCUUAUCAAGAUGGAGAGUGGAAAAGAAUGGGCAAGUGGGUUUGGAAGUGUUGUUUAUCCAUUUCAAGGACACAUUUGAAUAAUAUAUCAAGAGAGUACUUCUCCAUUCCUUUGUGUUAAAGCCUCGGGGGAUCCACGUCAGAUUGCAACCUUUGUUGCUAUUCUUCGACUCCUCUCCUUACCCAAGCCAUUUUAUGCACUCACAAAGAGUUGGCCUCCUGGUAAAUCUGUGGUGUGAUAAACUCUGUAAUCUUAUUGCUGCUCUCUUUCCCCUUGGCUCCUGAACAUUUGUUCACCUGUGCCAGAGGACUACAUGCCACAACCGUACAAUCCCAUCCGAUCCCCCUGGGAGGCAUAAGAAAGAUUAAAGCUGAAGGACAAUAUGGUGGGAUACAGUGGCUCCUGUGAUUGAUUUAAGUAUCAUGUGCUGUUUGGAAAGAACCAAAGCUGAUCAGUCACAGCUUUACCAGUAUGUGGCAGGUCAUGUUCGGGGUUGAACGAGUUAGAGGUUGAAUUAAAAUCCAUUUGUAACUCA